CUGACGAAGGUUACCGAAGGCGAAGGUAUCUCCGACCUCGCUAAGGUUGGUCUGACAAGUAGAACAGGCCGAUUCAAAUGUUGACACUACGAAGAGUGGAAAUCGCUGUAUGUGGGAGUAGAUGUGAAGGGCUUACAUUGUGCAGUGGGAUGGUAGCAGGGAGCGGUUGGAUUUCUGUGGCAGUUAUCCAGCGACAUGACAGGCAGACUUUAGUGUUAUCGUUGUGCAUAUCCGACCCGAGAGAGUUGUGCACAGAGGACAUCUGAGCUCUCAAUCUAGUGAUAUUUAAGUGCAAAUGUGUCCGAAAUGACAACACGUCGGCCUGGGGAAUUGUUCCGUACUACACCUGACACAGGUUGGAAGGAGAAUGAUGUAUCUGGUUUUAUAUUGACUGGUGGUCAGUCACUGGAGUCAGUGUUGGAGGUCAUCAAGGCUGGCGGCAGCGGCGGCGGUGGGGAGGAGAAGAUACAGCAGGAUGAUACUCGGGAAAACACAGCUAAGGACGAUGAUGUGGAGAAGGUUGUAGAGGACGAGAUGGAGGAGGACCAAGAAGUGGGCCAGGGGACGCGGGAAGUGCUGGACAAGGCCCUGGCCCAGCUGGAGGCUCUCAACCUCGUAGAGGCCGAGAGGCUCUUCCUCAAGGCCUACCAGAGACUGGAGGAUACGCCUGAGGAGAACUACCGAUCCAAGAUUGAGAUCUUCAUUGGUCUUUCCGAGACAUGCACCAGGAGGAGUCGAACAAGCAGACAGAGUCCGUUAGAAUGGCAGUGGCUGUGUGUUCAUGCUACUACCUUGUUGCAGGAGACAAUAGAGAUGUGUAUAACUGAAAUAGAGUUGGAGCAGGAUAACCAGUGGAUGGACUGGUACCAGUCCAAGCGGGACUGGGCAGUGAACAGAGUGCGGGGGCUUGAAGAUGUGCUAGCUAGAACCAUCCACAACUGGCUCAGGGAAAACUGGAGGGUUGUGGAUCCUUAUCAUACCCAGAAUGUGAUGGGAUCCCUCACACCUACUACAUCUACAAAGUUUCCCCUUUCCAGUCUGCUUGGUUUGGGCAUCAAGCCAUACCAGUCUGGCUUCCUGACUCAGUCUUUCAGCUUGGAGAGUCUGCAUGAGGCUCCUCUUAAUGAAGCCAUGACUAUCGGGAAUGCAAAUUGGUUCAAAAGACUGCAGUUAUAUUGCAAGAGACGAUUGUAUAAUAAAAACAUUCAAGAGAUUCUAGAUGAAGUGUUGCACUUCCGAGGCUCAUUGGACUUUGACAGAAGUUCUUCUCAGAGGCUAAGUCUUGAUACUCUAACAGAUGGCAGUGACGCAGAGUACAGUGACCAUGCUGAUGUAGACGCUGAAGCCAAAGUUGACACUGCUGUGAAGGAACACUCACUGAGUUAUGAACUAGCCGCCAGUGAUGUUGACAAAAAUGGUUGGGACUUUUUUCUUGAAGAAAGAAAAAACUGUGAAAUUAGUGGAAUCUUGCAGCUAGCUUCUGAGCCUUCAGAGGAGAACGACCUCCCAGGAGCCACAUCCCAGGAAGCAACAUCGCCAGAACCACCAGUUAAAAAAGAAUUUGUUUCCCCACUUCAAGAGCAACCAAUCAAGCUGGUCAUUGCAAAAGUGUUCCAUAAAGUUGUUGCCAAGCUACUCCAUGAAGAGGAGUACCAGAAGGCUGAAAUGUUGUGUGAGGAGAUUCUCCAGAUUGUAGAUGACAUUCAGGAUGGAACAGUACGACUUCUUAGGUUCAGUGCCCAAUUACUACAGAACAUUGGCAUUCUCUGUCUUCGCCAAGGAGAUGCUUCGAAGGGCAUGGUGCACCUUGAGAGGGCUCUGCAGAUAUUUCGAGAUCUCCAAGAACGUGAUGCCCACCGAGAAGUGGCCCUUGUUUUGAUUGAUCUGGGCAAUGCCCAUGUUGCCAAAGUCCUUCAUGAGGAUGCCUUGCAUAAGCAUAUCAUCACUGCCAUGAGCGAGUUCUUCGAGAAGGAAGCAUCUGAUGAAUCAGAUAGUGCUGAUUCCAGUCCUGAAAGCAAGAGAUCAGAUGAGACAGUAUCAGCCGAGGACAUGAACAGUAUCAAUGAAGCCAUCACCUGUUACACAGAAGCUCUGAUGGUUCUUGAGAACAAUGAUGAAUCUAACAUAGACUACCUGGCAAAGGCUCUCAGGAAGCUAGGGGACUGCCACUUUGUGGUGAAAAACUAUAAUGAGUCUCUAGACUCUUAUGAGAGAUCCAUGGGGUACUUGAGAGCAUCCAGCGCACAUGGGAAGGAUUCUCUGUUACAGAAUGCUCAUGUGCUGUGUAUGUUAGGCGUGUCUACCUUCAUGCUCCAUGUGUAUCCUCGGGCUGCCUCUGUGUUUGAACUGGCCUACAGGAUGACCAGACAGGCACAAUUUUCUUACAGAGUAGAUUCUGAUAAUUUCUUCCAAGGACUCCUUCACUCCCUCUUGGGCAUUUGCUACUACAAGAUGAAGUCAUAUCACAAGUGUGUGUCAAUGUGCUACCAGGCUUUUGAAGUGUUUUGGAAUAUGUACGGCGAGAAAAUUCCUGAACUGAAAAAGGAAAAAUUUUGGUUAAUUUGUCAAAAUCUCUACAUAUUGGGUAACUCUUAUAAUGUCCUAAAUUUACAACACAAAGCAAUUAAAUAUUUAAACAUAGGGCGAACAUUGAUGCAAGAGAGUAAGAAUGGUGAAAAGAGACAAUGUAUGAGAAUCCUCCAGAUUCUGGGUGACUGCUACUUUGCACAGUACGACUACAAGACUGCUCUUACCUACUACAAUGAAGCUCUUGACUUUGGAAACCAUGAGAACAUGACAUUUUCCGAGCCUCAGACAACAGACGAGAUGACCACAUCUUCAGAUGACAUGGCUCUCCACAACCAGCUCCUCAGUCGAUCUGCUGAUGCCCACAUCAGCAUGAACCAGUAUCAGAAUGCUGUGCACUAUUUGGAACAGGCUAGGGACAUCCAGGAUGUCUUGGGAGAGGACAUCAAGGGGGAUCUUGUCUCCACUCUGUACCAGCUGGGGCAGAUGCACUCCUUCGCUGGGGAUGUGGACAAGGCAAUUGACUCCUACAUGGAAAGUAUAGAGAUAAGCAAAGAAUUACAUGAUGGAGACGUUGGUCCUGAAAUGUGUUCCAUGUUGGGCAAUCUGGCCACGAUGUGUUACGUGAAGGCCUGCAUCUGUGAAUCCAUCGAUCAGGAGUUGGAGCUUAUUCUCAAGGCAGAGCAGUACUUCCAAGAUGCCAUUGCGAUCAACAUGAACCAGAGUGUUUGUGUCAAGUAUGCCAACUUCCUAUACAGUCAGGGAAACUAUGACGAUGCUAUCAUGUACUUGGAGGAUGCUCUGAAGGCUCAGAGGGAAUCUGAUGAUAUUGUGUUUGGGGGGUUGGAGAAGGUUACCCUGCCUGAACCUCUUCAGGAUGAGGUUGAUGCACAGGAGGAGGUUGUGAUGCCCUCUAGAUGUCUUGGCAAAUACAUCCUUGUCCUUUCAAAUGUGAUGCUGCGGCAACCAAAGUUGGCCGAGAAAUGGAUCAUCCAGCUCAUGAAGGAUGUGUAUGAAACAGACAUUCCAUUCCUGUGGUCAGUGUUGGGCUAUGCAUUUAUGGAACUUGGGCUAUUUGAGGAGGCAGCUAUCAGUUUCGGCACUGCAGCAACGCUGGAUCCUGAGUACAACCUGGCCAUAGACAACCACUGUCUUUGUCUGUGCAUCAUGACCUUGGUGGCUAUUGAGAGAGUCAUUUCCACCAUUUUCGUCCAUAAGAAGAUCUGGUAUGAGGAUCAGAGCACCCCUGAACUGCCGGAAGGCAACGGGUACUAGGAGCAUUGGGUGUGUCCAAGCAUCAAAGUUAACUGGAGGGGAGAAAGACAUAAUAUUUAUACUUUCAUCUGAUGUUACUUAUAAGUAGACAUGAUUCUCAUGGAGGACUCAUGAUUGUGUGUUCAAUGUGGACUAUUAAAUGAAUAGCUCUGACCUCUGGGGGGUUACUUUGGAUAAUUCAGUGCUAGAAAGUCCACAGAUCUCAGAGUAUAGGAAGCACAGUGUGAAGACUAUAUCCCAGCCAAACACUGUUGACGAGUUCACUGGACGGUGCUGUGAACGUAGUUACUGCUACAGAUAUAUCUCAUAAUGAUAAUCAUGACACAAGAAACUCGGGGUGAACAGAUGUGAGACUCAACAAAAAUGGCAUCCUAUGAAAAAUCUUGUUCUAUAAUUCAGGUAAAAAUGUUUCAACAGUGAAAUGUGCUGAUAUGUUUACCUACAGCUAAGGUCUUUAGUCAGUAAGGUUUGUUGUUCUUUGCUCUGAAAUUGUUACUUCAUUUUCAACCAAAUUCUCAUUUGAUCUUGGAAACUUUCUGUUUCAUGUAUAUAUUAUGGUGCGUGUGAUGAAUAUCUUUCUUUGAAAAAACAACAGCUAUUGAGAAAUGUUUUCAUGUUAAAAAGCUAUUUUAAGUAACAUCUUAACUAUGACCCAUUGAGGAACUUGGUUAAAAUAUAUCGCAUGCACGCUACUGCUUGUUGUAAGAGACAACUAAUUUGGUGGUCAGGCUGGGUCAUCAUACCCUGAUGCUAUGGGAUAUUGCUUUAAAUAUCAACCACUGGUCGUCUGGCCCAAACUCGGCUGUAGAGGUUGCUGUAAUAUUGCUAGAAUAUUGCUGACUGCAUCAUUAAACAACAUUCAUUCAAUCCUGGAAUAUAGCUGCGUGUGAAUGUUCAAAUUUAGGAAUCAUGAUUAAGUAAUUAUGAAAAUAUCAUAGGAACAUAAGCGAUAUGGAAUAUUUGUUAACAGAACUGAUUUACAAAUACUCAUGAAACUGUUCUUAGAUAUGGAAUAGCCAUCCACAGAAUAGCUUAAACCAUCCAGAGAAUAUACAGUGUAAUGUGCUCUUAUAGUUCUACUCCUGGCUUCCAUGUAGAUAAGGAGGAGGAGGCUUUGGUGGGUGGAGUCUGACACUGACAUAUGGGAUGUAAUGGAGCUGAUCACAUGGCCAGCAGGGUACAUCAAAGAGGGGGAGGGCCAGGCUAACUGUCCUGCCUUACAAACAGGAUGUCACAUCAGUUAUACGUUCACAUUUAAUCUGAAAGGGGAAUCCUGCUUUGAUAGCUUGACAGGAACCAGGGUGAUGGGUUCAAAUUCAGUGUUGGCAUAUAGAAUCACAUGGGUUACAAAUCCACUAAUCCAGGCACUAUGCUGUGGUGUUCUUGAAACAGGCUGUUUAGGCAACUGAGUACAUUAACUGUUGAAGGGUUUGAUUCACAUGAAGCAUGUUUGGUAGGAAUAUCAUAUCAAGUAAAGCCGGUGUUGUGGGGGUUGAGGGGCGGGGUGGGGUGCACAUGGAGCAGGUUUCUUCAUCUGCUGGUUACCCGGACAACUAGAUGUUGCGAGGCAUGAUGUUUGGAAGUGAGAUGGAUUGGGAUUAAAUCUUAAAGUUGA